UCCCUCUUUCUCUCUCUCUCUCCUCCCCCUCGCAGCCUCUCUGCCUGCUCCCCCUGGACGCGAGGCCCAGCGCCCCAGCGCCCCCAGCGCUCAUGAUGUCAGCGGACCCCUCUUCACCGGGAUCCCCUUCCGCCCGGCGGUACAACUAUGAGAUCGACGAGCGGAUCCUCUGCUACCACCACCAGCAGAUCUACGAGGCAAAGAUUCUCCGCAAGCGGUGGGUUGAUGAGAAUGUCACCAACGCCCAGCACAUGAGCCAUGUGUAUGGCGGCCAGGCGCUUGCCACCGGGCCGGACUAUGGCCCGCAGUAUUUCAUCCACUACAAGGGAUGGAAGGCCACCUGGGACGAGUGGGUCCCGGAGAGCCGCAUCAUGAAGCUGACCAAGGAAGGCCUCGACCGGCAGGCGGAGUUGCUGCAGAUCGCUGCCAAGGCCAACAACAUCAUCCGGCGCCGGGGGUCAUCCCCCAUGCGCGGGACAUCGCCGGCCCCGGACCCCACGGCCCCGGGCAGUGCAACACGCUCGGCGUCACGCGGCCGCGCCGCGCGGUCCUCCUCGCGCGGCGGCGCGCCCGCCUCCUAUGCCGAGGAUGAUAGCCGCGAGUCCUCGCCCUCCAGCAGCCGGGGAAGCUCCCCGGCCCCGAGCGCCAAGCGUGCACGGGCCCUUCUCCCGGGCGGGCCGUUCCUGAAUGCCGGGUCCGGGGGUCUGGGCGACUUGCACAUCCCGCCGGGGGCAUCCGGCGGCGGCGGCGGCGGCGGCGGCGGCGGCGGCGGCGGCGGCACGGCCGAAGGCGCUGGCCAUGGGGCCGGGGUCGGGCUUUUCCCCGGUGGCAGCCAUCACCCCGGCUCCGGGGGGGGCGUCCGGCUGGACGCCGUGCUCCAAUUGCCGGAGUCCUUCGUUCGCUAUCUGAAUGACGACUGGGAGAACAUCACGCGGCUGCAGAGGCUGGUUCCCCUGCCCCGGCAUCCAUCGGUGUCGCAAAUCCUGGAGGAGUUUGCUCAGGCGGCGCCGGGCCGUGUGGUUUCCCCCUCGAUGGCCAUGUACUCGCCGAAGGUGGAGUCGUCGGGGGUGGCCGCCGGUGGCGGGCCAGACCCGGGCCCCGGGGCAGCUGCCACCGGCAGCGGGCCAGAAGCGGCGGAGCCCGGUGCGGCGGCCGGCCCGGUCACCGGCUCCGGGCCCUCGGCCGGGGCCCCCCCGAUGCCGAUGACCUCGGCCGAGGCGCUGGCCGCCAGCGAGGACGCCCUGGGCGAGAUCCUCGAUGGGAUUCGGCUGUACUUCGACGCGGCGCUGGGGAAGAUGCUGCUCUAUCGCUUUGAGCGGGCCCAGCUCCGGGCGGCGAUGCGGGCCUUCACGCCCGGGGGCACGGACGCCGGGGCAUCUGGCGGCCUGGGUGAUGGGGCCGAUGAGGGCGCCCCCGCGGCGGGGGCCGAGGACGCGGACCAGGCCCGCGCCGUGCUGGAGCACCUGGCUGCCGCGCCAUCCGGCAUGAUGGGCGUGCUGUCGGAGCCGGCGGGCCCCAUUGGUUUGGAGGGCCGCGGACUGACGCCCUCCAACCUGGCCCCCGGCCCGGUGGUCGACCCGGCCCCGGCCACUGGACGGCGCCUGUGCGAGAUCUACGGCUUUGAGCAUCUUCUGCGGCUGUUUGUCAAGCUUCCGCAGCUCAUCUCCCAGACGGACAUGCCACGCGAGGCGUACGAGGAACUGUCGCACUACCUGGCGGAGCUGCUACAUUUCCUCCAGGCCAACUCCCAUCGGUAUAUGCUAACGGACUACAUCCCCGCUUCGAAUGAGUAUGUCUCCAUCAGCAAGUCGUUCUAGUCCCGAGCGUCAUCACGCCGGUAAUACACGCACACACACUCGAA